AAAGGAAAUAAAAAUACAUGGAAAAGAUUAUUCCUGAUUAUUUGAUAAAGGGUGCUGCAGCAAUAUGGAUACGUAUAAAAUCAUGAUAGUUCUCUUAACCUGUAUAUCUUAUCUGUUUGGAUACGAGGAAUUAUCACUGAGAAAAACAGCCAAGCAGUCUACAAUUUAUCCAAGUAGUCACCCCUUCCUGUAUGGUCCAGACAAGGCGGUUGAUGGUUAUAGAACCACAUGUAUGAGGACAUCCGGAAUAGGAACCAUCCUUCCAGAUAAAACUGUAUGGUGGACCGUUGAUCUUGGAGGAAACCACAACAUUUACAGCAUAAGCAUCGCUUUUAGAGAUUAUGGACCACAUUAUGAGAUGAGACAAAGAGGUCGUUUCGCUGGAUUUUCCCUUUACAUUUCCAACACUUCCAACAAAGAGGACGGCCAUCUUUGUUACAAGAACACACUUCCAUUGCCUCCUUUGGAGUUUAAUACAACGUGUAUUGGAUAUGGUCGUUACGUCAUUUAUUACAACGAAAGAUUGGACGGAGUUACCUACCCUGAAGGAUACCAAACAAAUACUUUUACUGAGUUAUGCGAAGUAAAAGUUUAUGGUCUUUUUUCCCAAGAGGAUCUGUCUUUUAAAAAAUAUACAGCACAAAGCACAACGCAUGUUGGUUGUAAAACUACAAUAUGUAACUCUGUAUAUGGUGCACCUAAUGCAGUGGAUAGACUCAAUAAUACUUGUACAAGAACGGAACCUAUUAGUCCAGAACAUACCAAAACAGUUUGGUGGUAUGUAGAUUUAGGCGAUGUGUACAAUAUCUAUGAAGUGUCCAUCACCUUCAAAACUUACGAAGGUUGGGAAUCAAGGCAGAGGGGUCGUUUUGCUGGAUUUUCUCUCUAUCUUUCCAAUUCGACAAAUAUAAAAGAGGGUGCUUUGUGUUACAAAAAUAAUGAUGAAAUACCCACCUUAGAGUUCAGUACAACCUGCAUCGGACAUGCUCGCUAUGUUUUCUUCUAUAACGAGAGACUCGGAGGAAUUACAUAUCCUAAGGGAUAUGAAAAAUUGUCUUAUACAGAGCUUUGUGAAUUUAUUGUCCUAGGCUGUGCCAGAUUAGACAUGUAUGGAGAAAAAUGUGAGUUGAAAUGCCCUAAAAAUUGUCAGCAAAAAAGUUGUGAUAUUGUUAAUGGAACUUGUCAUUCCUGCAACCCAGGUUGGACUGGUGAAUUCUGUGAUAUAGAAUGUACGCAUGAGACAUUUGGUCUAGAGUGUAAAUAUAAUUGUUCUGGCCACUGUUUGGAAGGAAUUUCUUGUAAUCACGUGACCGGUUAUUGUGACAAGGGAUGUGCUUCAGGAUGGACUGGAAAAUAUUGUGAGAUAUCAUGUGAUGAUGGAAAAUAUGGUCCAGACUGUGCAUUUAACUGCAGUGGCAAUUGCAAGAAUAAUUAUCAAUGUAACAAAGAAACUGGACACUGUGACGUUGGAUGUUACCCUGGGUAUAUUGGAAAAGGCUGUACUGAACUUUGUUCUGCUGGAACAUUUGGAGAAGAUUGUUUAAAACUCUGCAGUGGUAAUUGCCAAUACAAUGAAACAUGUAGUCCCUUUAAUGGUGAAUGUAUGAACGGUUGUGCUCCUGGAUAUAACGGGUCACGAUGUGACACAAUUUGCCCAGAUGGCUCGUUUGGUUUCAAUUGUUCUAAUGUAUGCUCUCCUUACUGCAUUGACAUCUGUGGAUAUGCUGAUGGCAAAUGUAGGUGUAUGCCUGGUUUUAAAGGCUCCCCGUCCUGCGCAACAGCCUGUUCAGAGGGUUCUUUUGGGAUAAACUGCCAAUACAAAUGUAGUGGCCACUGUGUCGGUAACGAGAUCUGCAGCAGGUAUGACGGAAGCUGCUCCAGAGGAUGCAAAGAACCGUAUUCAGGUUUAGCUUGUGAUGUGAAAUGCGACACUUCAACAACUACAUCAACAGUAGGAUUUGCCAUAGUAAUUGGAAUAUUAUGCAUUGCUUUGAUAGCUGUCUCCUUUAUAUUCUUCAGGCAGCGACUCAGUUUUGUUAUCAGGGUAAAGGGAAGAAAAUUAAUACUGAAAAACGAAAUUAUUGAAAAUUCACCUCCGAAGAGAGAAGAUGAAAAACCUGAUUAUUUAGAACUUGAAGCUUCCGGCCACAUGCCUUCAUAUGACACGUUGACUAAGUCUAAAAAUUCACGCUAUUUCCUGAAAAAAUGCUUUGAUGUAAAGGAAAAAUUGAGUAAAUCAAGACUGAAAGAUAGUCGUUUUGUCAAACAUUCACCUCCGCCGCAAAAAGAGGAUGAGAUUCCUAAGUACUUAGAACUUGAUGCUGCAAGUGACAUGCCCUCAUAUGAAAAUUUUCCUGUAUCUUAAAAUUAUUGCGCUUAUCGGAACACAUUAUUUAAGGAAUGACUCUAAUUCUUGGGCAAAUUGUUCGAUUAUAACCUGGCUGGGGUCAGUUUACGCUUUUUUUUUUUA